UCACGGCCUCUGCCCCGCUCUCUCCCCAGUCUCCUCUCAAUCGCCCUGAAGAACAUAACCCAAGAAGGUCAUGGCGGAGCACACCCGGAACCCCAGAACCUAGAGAGAGGGGGGAAAGAUCUCGUCUUGUUUUUAGUUUUUUACUUCCUGCUGCUCCGGCCGGUGAAGUUCAGCGGGAGUGAAGGGGAGAGGAAGAGGCGAAGCGAUCAGAGAAGUGGAAGGCAAGAAGGUUCAAUCAGAUGGCUAUGGUGGGGAUGAGGAGGUAUUGUCUCUGCGCCAGCCAUGGUUUUUUCGUGCUAGUGUUUCUCCCGUUCUUGUUCUUGUUUCACCAUGCGCCCGUGGCCGCCGGCGCCGAUGCGCCGUCUUCGCAACCAUCACUGGACAAGACGCAGGAAGCCAUCAUGAAGGAUCUCUUGAGGAUCGUUGGUAGCAGCAGUUGGUCGAACACCACCACCUCGAAUCCUUGUAAGUGGAGCGGAGUCAACUGCACGCGCUCCGGUUCCUCUUGGGUGGUGACCAACAUAACCUUGCCCAACUGUGGAAUAUCAAACUCUUCCAUCUUCGCUUCCAUUUGCCGUCUUGAGAGCUUGCUGGCCCUUGACCUCUCCAGAAAUUCCUUGACAAAUUUGACCACCCAAUUCUUCUCCCCUUCUUGUUCGACGAAGGAAGGGUUGCGUCUCCUCAAUCUGAGCAGCAACAUGUUAUCUCACCCGCUCAGUAAUUUCUCAGCUUUCCCACAACUGGAGGUUCUUGAUUUGUCCUUAAAUUCUUUUACUAGUGAAAAUUUGAGUGCAGACUUGGGUUCUUUCCUCAAAUUGAGGAGCUUGAACGUUAGUGCCAAUAAGUUGACUGGCGAAGUUCCUACUUCUAUGGUCGGCUCUUUGUUGGAGUUGGUAUUGUCUGGUAAUCAGUUGAAUGGUUCAAUUCCUCCAGAUUUGUUUAAAUAUGAAAAUCUUACUCUGCUGGAUCUCAGCCAGAAUUUUCUAACUGGCGUUGUCCCAGAUAAGUUCAUGAAGCUCUCCAAGCUUGAGACUUUGCUCCUUUCAGGCAAUAAACUGAUUGGGGAAAUACCACCGAGUCUGUCAAAUGUAAGGACGCUGUCUCGGUUUGCGGCUAACCAGAACAACUUCAAUGGUUCAGUUCCCAGCAAUAUUACCAAACAUGUAAGGAUGUUGGAUCUGAGUUACAACAAUCUGAACGGGACGAUUCCCUUGGAUUUUCUCUCCCAUCCAGGGUUGCAGAGUGUUGAUCUUACCACAAACAUGCUUGAAGGGUCUAUUCCCCGCAACUUCUCUCCAAGCCUCUACCGCUUGAGGCUUGGUGGGAACAGGCUCAGUGGGAACAUCUCAGACUCAAUUUGUGAUGGCAUGGGCUUGACUUAUCUUGAGUUGGAUAACAAUCAGUUGACCGGAAAUAUACCGUCAGAGCUUGGUAACUGCAAGAACCUGUCCUUGUUGAGUCUGGCAUCAAAUAAGCUACAGGGUCAAGUGCCUCCUGCUAUCAGUAGCCUUGACAAGCUGGUAGUUCUGAAGCUUCAAAACAACUCUCUCAACGGACCUAUCCCAUAUGCAUUUUCUGAUUUAAAGAGCCUGAGCAUAUUGAAUCUUAGUCAGAAUUUACUCACGGGCGAGAUACCAAGCGGAAUUUUCGAGUUGCAAAAGCUUUCCAUCUUGGAUUUGCAUGACAACAGUAUCAGUGGUGCCAUUCCAAUUUCAGUCAGUUUAUCAAAGGCUCUAAUUGAGCUGAAUCUGGGGAAUAAUGCUCUGGCUGGUACCAUCCCAACAAUGCCAACCACACUAACCACAUCUCUUAAUCUUAGUCACAACAAUCUCAGCGGAUCUAUUCCUUCAGAUAUUGGCUACUUAAGUGAAUUAGAGAUACUUGAUCUUUCAUACAACAGUCUGUCUGGUGAGGUGCCAUCUUCACUAGGGAACCUGCAAAGUUUGACACAGCUGGUGCUUUCUUAUAAUGAUCUUUCUGGGUCUGUUCCUAUAUUCCGCCAAAAUGUGUCAAUUCGUAUUGAAGGGAAUCCUGAUGUUGUAAAUGGUACAGGAGACAAGAAUGGCAUCCAUACUACUAGUACGAGAAAAAGGCACACUAUUGUCAUCAUCAUCUUCACUAUUGCCGGUGCUCUUGUUGGAUUGUGUUUGCUUGCUGCUAUUGUUAUGAUGUCGUUAUCAAAGAGAAUUUAUCGUGUAGAAGAUGAAGGAUUAUCAGCUGGGGAAUCCGUGCCUCAAAUAACCAAUGGCUGCCUGAUAACUAUGAAUAGCAUCCACACCUCUGCAAUUGAGUUCACAAAAGCAAUGGAAGCAGUCUGUAAUCACCAGAACAUCUUUUUGAAGACCAGGUUCUGCACCUACUACAAGGUGGUAAUGCCAAAUGGUUCAACCUACUCUGUAAAGAAGCUUAACUCAAGUGACAAGAUUUUUCAAAUUGGGAACCAGGAGAAGUUUGCUCGUGAAAUUGAGGUCCUAGGGAAACUGACCAAUUCCAAUGUCAUGGUUCCGUUGGCCUACAUUUUGACUGCAGAUUCUGCCUACCUACUCUAUGAGCAUGGAUACAAGGGAACAGUGUCCGAUCUACUCCAUGGUGAAAAGUCAGAUAAUAUAGACUGGCCUUCACGAUAUAGCAUUGCUUUGGGUGUGGCCCAAGGGCUGACAUUUCUUCAUGGGUGCACUCAACCAGUUUUGCUUCUUGAUCUGUCAACAAGGACCAUCCACUUGAAAUCAUCAAAUGAGCCUCAGAUUGGAGAUAUCGAGCUUUACAAAAUUAUUGACCCUUCCAGGAGUACUGGAAGCUUUUCAACCAUUGCUGGUACAGUUGGUUACAUUCCACCAGAGUAUGCGUAUACUAUGAGGCUAACAAUGGCUGGCAACGUUUAUAGCUUUGGAGUCAUUUUACUGGAGCUAUUGACAGGGAAACCAUCAGUGAGUGAUGGCAUUGAAUUAGCCAAGUGGGCACUCAGUCUUUCUGGCAGGCCUGAACAAAGGGAGCAGAUCCUUGACACCAGGGUUUCAGGAACUUCAAUUGCUGUUCACAGCCAGAUGUUGUCAGUCCUGAACAUCGCGCUCUCUUGUGUUGCAUUCUCUCCAGACGCUCGGCCAAAGAUGCGCAACGUCUUGAGGAUGCUCUUUAAUGCAAAGUGAAUCAGAAGCUGCCUACAAUCAUAUCAUAUAUAAAUUGGGUGGAGAGUUUGAUCUACGGGUAGUUCAUGGAUGUCAGUAAUCUGCAUACAUGAUGUUCUUGUACAUAGAAGAUAGAACCCUAGCUUAUGGUAGAUCAUAUGCUUGAUGAAUUGAGUAAUUAGGUAUCCGUUUGGGAGUAAGUCACAAUAUGGUUUCUAUGCUGUAAAAUUGCAGAGAUGGUUAUAAGCAAAGCUUAAAAGGUCAUGGGUAUGCUCAUAGAAGUAGAUAGUCUAUUGUUUUUUUCUCUGUAUUGUGUAGACUAGUUCACGGAAGGCAAAAUAGCCAUCUUGGUCCUUCAACUUUUCUUCAACUUUUUUCCAAGGGUCAAGUUCAUCCCUUAACUUUUAAA